GGGAGGGGGGCAAGUCAGUUCACCUCACUGCAGAAAGUCCUACAGCUUCCUGACAGGGUGGCUGCACAGAUUAAAUGAAAGAACAUGAGCAAUUCUCGGCAUAAUGUCUGAAGCCUGGAAAUCAAGGUUCAUUUCCCCACCUCCAGCCUGAUGCCCCGGCUUCAGAGAAAGAGGAUCUGCUUCUGGAAAUCAGAAUGAAACCACUCAGGCAGGGCAGCGUCCUGAAAGGCCCCGUGGGGCUGGGAGCCCUCGGGCAGGACCUUCUCCCCUUGCCGUCUUCCAGAAACAACCUGCGGUCUGGGAGGCAGAAGAUGCCCUACUCCAGCCUGCAUCCAUCCAUCCCACAGCCCAGGGGCCUCAGGGCUCAGAAGGCAGCCUUGGUCCUUCUAGGUGCCUGCCUGGUAGCCCUUUGGGGGCUGGGGGAGCUGCCAGAAUACACGCUCCGGUGGCUGGUGCUCCACCUGGCCUCCCAGCAGAUAGGACUGCUGGUGAAGGGGCUCUGCAGUCUGGCGGAGGAGCUGUGCCAUGUCCACUCCAGGUACCAGAGCAGCUACUGGCGGGCUGUGCGGGCCUGCCUGGGCUGCCCCAUCCGCUGUGGAGCCCUGCUGCUGCUGUCCUGCUACUUCUACUUCUCCAUCCGAGACAAGGCUGGCCUGCCCCUCCCCUGGAUGCUGGCCCUCCUGGGCCUCUCGCAGGCCCUAAACAUCCUCCUGGGCCUCCAGCACCUGGCCCCAGCUGAAGUCUCUGCAAUCUGUGAAAAAAGGAACUUCAACGUGGCCCAUGGGCUGGCCUGGUCUUAUUACAUCGGGUACCUGCGGCUGAUCCUCCCAGGGCUCCGGGCCCGGAUCCAAGCUUAUAAUCAGCGCCACAAGAACGUACUAGGGGGCACAGGGAACCACCGGCUGCACAUCCUCUUCCCGUUGGACUGUGGGGUGCCCGACGACCUGAGCGUGGCUGACCCCAACAUUCGCUUCCUGCACGAGCUGCCCCAGCAAAGUGCCGACCGUGCUGGCAUCAAGGGCCGGGUGUACACCAACAGCAUCUAUGAGCUUCUGGAGAACGGGCAGCCGGCAGGCGUCUGUGUCCUGGAGUACGCCACUCCCUUGCAGACCUUGUUCGCCAUGUCACAGGAUGGCCGCGCUGGCUUCAGCCGGGAGGAUCGGCUCGAGCAGGCCAAACUCUUCUGCCGGACCCUCGAAGACAUCCUGGCAGAUGCCCCUGAGGCUCAGAACAACUGCCGCCUCAUCGUCUACCAGGAACCCACAGAGGGAGGCAGCUUCUCCCUGUCGCAGGAGAUUCUCCGGCACCUUCGGCAGGAGGAAAGGGAGGUUACCAUGGGCAGCGCGGAGACCUCAGUGGUGCCCACUUCCUCCACGCUGUCCCAAGAGCCUGAGCUCCUCAUCAGUGGCAUGGAACAGCCUCUUCCACUCCGCUCAGAUAUCUUCUGAGGCCCAGGGUCCCCUUGCCUGAGCCCCCGGCCAUCGCCAAGAAUCUGGAUCAGGGGCUUUCUUCAGCAGCUGAAGGCCUAGCAGAGGGCCUCUCAGAGAAGGUCCCUGGACUUGACAGCUCACGAUGACUCCUGCGACCAGUUCCCGGGCCUCAGUGUCGGUGUCUGUGAAAUGGGAUUGUAAGCAUCGCCCUCCCUACCUCACAGGGCUGUUGUGAGGACCUAGCUACGUGGAAGUUUUUAUAAACCCUACGUGGCAGCGCAACCUAA